AUGAAGGGCCGCCCAGUAGACCAACUCGUCUACGAGUACAUGUUUCCGAAGCCGCGACAGACAGACCCUCAAAACUUCACUCAACUUCUCCAAAGAUAUCUCGUCCUUGAGGUUCGGCAAGAAGUCCACUCGUUCUACGGCCACUUGGACACACCCGAAGCUAAAUACCCCGGUCUCGACUACACAAAUCGCAUCCACCGAAUCCGCCUCAGUCGAUGGCAGUGGCACCGGCGGUUAUUCCGCGCCUUUGACGGCCUUCGCCUUACAUACGCCGAAAUCCAAGGCCUCACAAAGUGGGAGGGCACACGGUGGGCAAAGGAACGGUUUGAGCGGGAACAGGGAACUGCCAUCCGGGACACGACCGCCGAUGGAUUCCCCGAAUGGGUGGAGCCUCGGCACCGACAAGACGGAUAUUACCGCCGCGCCUCCGAGGUGUCGGACGAGCCGGUAACCACGCCAGAGGAUGGGAUGAUCGAGGAAGAAAGCGAUGAGGAGUUGGAAAGUGUCGGAGUGGCGCUUAACGAAAGGCUACGCGAGCGAGUGGCUCUUCGCAACAUAUCCGGAGACAAUUCGAUGCCGCUGGACGAGGAAUGGGAAAACUGGCUAAAAAAUGCCAUCGAGUCGGGAGAAUUGCAUGUUGCCGAUCAAAUUGCCCGUUUCCCUGGUCCCCACUCCCUUACCGCCGACGAUGUGUUUCCGCCAAGGAUGAUGGCUGCUGCGAGAGCAGGCCAUUGGGAGGGCAUUCCCGAUUUUGUUCACAACAUCAUUCGCCAGGCCAUCGACGCGGAACAGAGACCACCCCAGGCACAGCCAGCAACAGCUCCUUCGCGACCAUCUGUUAGGUACCACAACGCCAGAGUCGCCGUGUAUGGUCCUGGGCCUCUCCACUCUCGGAUCGACCCGUCUCGGUAUCCCAACGCAGCUGCCAGAGCGACGAGAGCCGCCAGAACCGCCCAGCAAGGGGCCUGA